CCGAAGGACCGGCCGCCCCGCGGCCCCCGACCUGCUAGGGACCCGUCGCUCCGCAUCCCCACCCCGUCCUCUCUCUCUCUCUGGCCGGCGGAGGGGGACGGUCUCUCUGGCUGGGUCUCGUCUCCGCCCGUCUCCGCGAGGGUCGGGGGGCGGAGGACCGGAGGGUCCCAGGGCCAGGGGAUGCGGACUGGCCGCAAGCCCAGCUGAGCUCCCCGGCCAGUGGAGCCCCGGUGGCCGCGGGCCUCGCCUCCUCCAACCAUGGCCAACGAACCGGUCAUCCUCAACGUCUACGACAUGUAUUGGAUCAAUGAGUACACAUCCACCCUAGGCAUCGGCGUGUUCCACUCUGGCAUCGAGAUCUACGGCAGAGAGUUUGCCUAUGGAGGGCACCCUUACCCUUUCAGCGGAAUCUUCGAGAUCACCCCCGGCAGUGCCGUGGAACUGGGAGAGACUUUUAAAUUCAAAGAAGCCAUAGCCUUGGGCAGCACAGACUUCACUGAGGAAGACGUGGACAAGAUCGUGGAGGAGCUGGGGAAGGAGUACAAGGGGAAUGCCUAUCACCUCAUGCACAAGAACUGUAACCACUUCUCGGAUGCCCUGGCCGAGAUCCUGUGUGGGCGGGAGACGCCCCGAUGGGUGAACCGACUGGCCUACUUCAGCUCGUGCAUCCCGUUCCUGCAGAGCUGCCUGCCCCGGGAGUGGCUGACCCCAGCCGCGCUACAGACCCACAUCAACCUGGGCCUCCACAAAGACUCCGCCGCGGCCACGGCCGCCGAGCAGGGAGAGGCAGCAGGACACGACGCCCCGACCGCCUCCGGAAGCUCCAGGCCUUGCAGGCAUACCCGUGUCUGAGCCGGAGCCCCUCUCCCCUCUCCUUGACCCCCAUGGCCUCCUCUCCCCAAGGACGGUCCCCCACUUUUCACUCCUCCUGAGGAGGCUGGGGCUCGGCCAGCCUUCCGAGCUCUAUCGAGAAGGAAUGGCUUUCACUCAGGGCGGCUGUUGUCGCUUCUCUCCCUGGACACCCGGCCCCCGACACCAGCGACUGAAGAAUCCCGUCGGAGGGUGGGCCGAGCGGGACGGACCCCUCUCCGACCUCUCCAGGAACCAAGAGUGGGAAAGGGGAAUUUCCAUCCUGGAAAGGGGUUGCUUUUAUUUCGGGACACUGGGGGAUUGCUGCCGUGGCCCUGCCCAUCGAUCCAUCGGUCGUAUUUCCAGAAUGCUUACUUUGUGCAGAGCGCUGUGCUAAGUAAGGGCUUGGGAGAGUCCAUCUCUGCAGGCUUCUCCCCACCUGCCAGCUCACGACAAAGGAAAGAAUGGAUCGACAGGGAUGAGCAGGCGGCCUCUUUGGCUCUCCCACGUUUUCUAAGAUCUGAUGAUAAACCUGACAUUUUCUUGGGGUCCCAGGGGGUGGGUCUCCCCACCGGCAUAAAUGAGAUCCAAAGGAUCCCCGUCGUUCCCUGGCAACCCCUUAAGACACCCCAGCCAAGAGUUUUAUCAGGAUGAUUUUGUGCCGGUGGUUGGGAGGGAGACUGUGGUCGAUCCCCUGUAAGACCCGAAGGAGUGGGCGGACUCGGUGCUGGCUCCGCCUGCCCCCCAGGCCCCCGGACCCUCUGGAGGCAGUGGCAAGAAGGGUCAGUCAGUCGAUCGAUCAGAUCUACUGAGCGCUUACUGUGUGCGGAGCACUGCAUUAGGCGCUUGGGAGAG